GCGUGGAAGCCCAAUGUACAGAUCAUCAAAGACAGCUCUCUAACUUUGAAACCAUCGACGUGCAAGGGGGUGUGAUAGCUCCUGGUUUCCUCUCAUAUGGCGGUAGUAUCGGCCUUAUCGAGAUUGAAGCAGAGUCAUCCACCAACGAUGGCGUUGCAUUUGCGCCUUUCAAGGAGGAGGUACCUGAAAUCAUUGGGGACGAACCGCUGAUGCGGGCUGCUGAUGGGGGACUCAGCGUGGCAUUCAGUGUCGGCGCCCAAAACCGUCUAUUAAAAGGAGCUAUUGUCAAAAGCGUUGCAGCAUUACACGUGACUAUCGAUCAUGACAAGAAAAAGCCUAGUGUCUCUAGCCAAAUUGCUGCCCUUCGACACUUGCUGUCCAGAAAGGGCAAAGGCACGAUUGGAAAGUAUUUCAGCAUGGUGGCAGAUGGGCAAAUUCCUCUGGUGGUUCAUACGGAUAAUGUGGACGUCAUUGCGACUUUAUUGGACCUACUGGACGAACUAAGUCAGAAGGUAGAAGCUGAGGUUAAAUUGACGAUAUCCGGAGGGGCAGAAGCACACUUACUAGCAAAGGAACUCGGAGCUGCAGGAGUAGGAGUGAUACUGACAAGACCACGACCUUUCCCUACUCGAUGGUCGGGUCAACACAUCCUUCCUGGUCUUCCACUCACAAGCAAGUCCGCCGUUCAAGUGUUCCUGGACAAUAACGUCACAGUAGGAUUCGGAAUCGAGGAAAAUUGGCAAGCCCGGAAUGCUUGGUUUGAUGCCGCCUGGGAAGCAAUCAAUGCCGGUGGUGAUCUCGACAGGGAGACGGCUUUGGGUCUGAUAUCAGUUAACCUUGAGAAGCUACUUGGAUUGGAGUUUAAAGGACAGCGAGAGAUGGUCGUAUGGCAAGGGGGAGAGGUGUUUGAUAUGCACAGCAAAGUCGUCGCUGUUAUCUCCAAGCCAAGAGAGCAAUCAAUAGAGCUUCUGUAUACCAUGAUAUGGUGGGUACACAUAAAAAUGUGUUUGAAUAGAUUUGGUAAUGACUUAUCUGACUCCUUACCACAACUAUUUUUGCUCAAAUACCCCUGUGGCGCAGUUGCGACCCGCAUGGCCAUGGGCCUUUCCUCAACCAUGAAAGCUCUCGACGACCAAGUGCACAACUGGAGGAUUCGUCACAAUUUCAGG